GAGGAUGUACAUUGUUACAUACGCGCUUAUAAUGAGCGUGAUGAAUCUACAGAGAGGAGCUAAUUGCCAAGCCCUUUUUCCAAACGAUGGCUGCAAAGUAGAAGACACAGAGAGAUUGCGAGAGGAAGUAACGAGACUAAGGACUGAAAUAAAUGAAUUAAAAAGUUACCAUCCUCUUGGUAAAAACUAUUCGACAAAGGUAGGCUUUACUGCGUAUAUUGGUAGUAAUCCCAGAGUAAAUGCAAAUGACAUUUUGGUAUAUACAGAUGUUAGAAGCAACACUGGAGGCUUAUAUGACAAGGAUACAGGGGUAUUCCAGAGCGACAGACCCGGAAUGUUCGUUUUCUUUGUCUCACUUGAGUGCAAGGUUGAACGUAUAGAUAUUAGUCUCAUUAUUGACGACAGAAGAGUUGGAGAAACAGCCUGUUUUAGUGAUAAUGUGUUUAACAUUGUAUCGUUUUCAGUCGUUCAUAACUUGUUGAGUGGAUCAAAAGUCUGGAUAAAAGUAACACUUGCAUCCAACGCUUAUGUGUACCGAAAAACAAGUUUUGGAGGUUAUUCAGUGUAAAUCCCUCGGGUUUAAUCUUCUUGAUUAUGGAUUUUUAUGCGCCCGGAUCGAUAGAUUCGGGUUGUGUAUUGUUUUUGUCCUGUCUGUUUGUUUGUUUGUCUAUCUCUCUGUCUGAUGUCAACUUUAACCUUCGCCAUAACUUUUGAAG